UGAAUUUGAGACAUGUGAAAGGGUGGGAGAGAAAGAAGAAGGAAAGAUGAAUGGUACUGAGGAGCAGCAAUUCCAGCUCAACGGCUUAAGUCGGAUCUAUUUUCUGCCACUCUUCACUUUCCAUCUUCAGUUUCGUCAGAAGCCACUUGGACAGACACCAACACCAAAACCUUUUCAUCAUCCCAAGUAACACACAACACAACACAACAUCCUCUUUCUCAAACAAAACCAACACACACAACAUAACAACACAACACAAGUUUUGUUUUGGUUGAUGCAUAGUGGGUUUGUUAAAUGGGCAAUGUGACGGGAACAGUGGCCGCCAAAUUCGCGUUUUUCCCGCCAGAGCCACCCACCUACGACGUUUGCAGGGACGAGGAUGGGAGCGUGGUCCUGUCGGGUGUCACCGCCGACAAAAACGUCGACGUUCACAUUCUCCGCACCAAGGCUGGCAACAACAUCGUUGCCACCUUCUGGAAACACCCUUUCGCCAGGUUCACCUUCUUGUACUCUCACGGCAACGCCGCUGACUUGGGUCAGAUGCACGACCUCUUCAUCCAGCUCAGAGCUCACCUUCGCGUCAACAUCAUGAGCUAUGAUUAUUCAGGAUAUGGAGCAUCAACAGGUAAGCCAUCUGAGUUCAACACGUAUUACGACAUAGAGGCUGUAUAUAAUUGUUUGAAGAACCAAUAUGGAAUUAAGCAAGAAGAAAUGAUUUUGUAUGGUCAAUCGGUUGGAAGUGGACCCACACUACACUUGGCUUCUAAGUUGCAGAAGUUGAGAGGUGUUGUUCUUCACAGUGCCAUCCUUUCAGGGAUAAGGGUCUUGUACCCUGUCAAGAUGACAUUUUGGUUUGACAUUUUCAAAAAUAUAGACAAAAUUCGGCAUGUCAACUGUCCAGUGUUUGUUAUACAUGUAAGUAUAUAUUUCCAUCUUUGUUUUUAAUCACCUUCUGCACUUCUUUGUUUUUGUUUUUUUUUUUUGUGGCUUUGAAUUGAUCAACAGCUUCUGUCCUGAAGUGAUUGUCUUUCUUGUUUUGCAUGCUCUGCUGAUGAGUUGUUCACAUGGAGGCUUGGCUGAGUCCUGAAUUAAAAUAAGAUAAAGAUUGUGUAGGUUAUUUAAGUUAAUUCAUCAUUUACUUCAGAGAUCAAACACUCAUUUUAAAAAAAAAAUAAGGUUACAAGUGUUGAUAAUCUGAAUGUUUAAUUGCAAAUGUAAUACAAUACAAAGAGUCAGAAGUGCUUAGAAAUUCUGAUGUCUUGAGCCUUAACCUAAUAUUAGGUUAUCUCAGGAGGCUGAUUUGGUUGGGCUUUUAUUUUUCUAAUUUCCUUCCACUAGAAGAUACCAUGUAAAUAAAGUCUGUCUGUUUAGGAACCCUGAUGGUGUUUCCAUCUAUGAAGGAUAAUUUUCCUUUUGUUAACAAGUAUUGGAAUAUUUUAGACAUGAAUUGAUGUUGCAUACUUGCAUCAUACUUUCAUCUGUUUGAAGAAAGUCUUCAGAUUUUGUUACCUAGACGGUAAAAUUUUGUCUAAAUUUAUUCAGCUUCUUAAAAUCAAUAAAGCAGGUGAAUUAAUGAUGCAAAUUGCAAAAGUAGACUUUAGGUUUUGGAUUGUAGACAGCAGUUAAUAUCAUUUUGUAUUUUCAUUUUACUAGUCUGAUUUUUUUGCAAGCUGACUUGAAGUUACAAAAGCAAUCUGCACUUUUGAUUAUAGAUAUAAAAUGUGUAUUUGUUAUAUUAUGAGAUUUUUAUCCAUGUAAGUUUAGGUAUAUGAAAUGUGCCUUCUCCAAAUUCUUCUUCCAUUAUGUUUUUGAGCUAUUUUAUUUCUUGGGUUUUCCUUUAUGUUGGAAGUGCGUCGCUGAUAUAGAAACCUGGAAGUAGCCUGCACCCUUUCUCCUAGCGAGAAAUAUUAAAAAUAUGUUUAACAAAUAUUUGAUAUUUAUCUGUUUCUGCAUGUCCCUUUUUAUUAUUAAUAUUGAUAAAACAGGUAAUUGAACAUUCUUGGUGCUUAAUAACAGAGAUAAAAACAAAUGUAGAAUGUUUAUUUGUUUUUUAUUUGCAAACCUUGACGGUUGUCUAAUAUUCAGUAUCCAUGCAAUGCGACUAAUGAAGAAACUACUUUGUGAACAGCCAAAAUUGAUUUAUUUUAUUUGUCUCAGGAUUUCGAGCCACAUAAAGAAAG